AUGAGUAGUAGCAUUAAACAAUUUACAUUCCAAAUUGCAUUAACAGAAGCAAAACCAUUACCCCCUUCUUCCACCAUUCUUCAAAUAACUAACAAUGACAAUAAUGUUAUUAGACAAGAGAAGCAAUCAACUGUUAGUAACACUACAACAAUCACCAUUACUAACAAUAACAAUAACAUUAAUAACAUUAAUAAUGAUAGCAUUAAUAACAGCAACGACAACACAAUUCCUCCUAUAAUCAAACUCCCUAAUACCACUAUUAUACCCAAUAAUAACAAUAAUAAAGAUGCUUCUUUACCAACAUCACCUUCAUCAUCUAUCACCGCUACUAUUGCCAAUAACAUUGCCACCGUCAAUAACAAUAACAGUAAUGCAUCAACUUCUGAUUUAAUGCCAAUACUUUUGCAAGCGGCUGCUCAUGUUACAGUACGUGAUAAACGUCAAGAACGUAUGGUGAAAAAUCGUGCGGCUGCUUAUGAGUCAAGGAAAAGGAAAAGAGAAGAGGCAGAACGAUUGAUGGCAGAUAAUAUUGAAAUGAAAUCAAAGAUUUGUAAUUUGGAACAUAGAAUUAAUGAAUUGUUGAAGGAAAACGAAUUUAUUAAACAAUUACUUUAUGAUAAGGAAAAAAUUAUACAAGACUUAAAUAAUUCAAAUUAA